GCGAGCAGGACUGGAACCUCAGACCGAGAACUGAACUUUUACAGUGCAAACUGGACUAUGGCAUUGUUUUUUGACCAAUCGUUCGAUUUGGUUAAAAAAAUAGCCGUGGACACAGAAAGAGAUUUUAUUUUCAACACAAGCAUGGUCCAGUUUACAGAUGUAACAACCAAGCAUACGCUGUCAUCUCCUGAACUCGAAAGAGCUUACAGCGCUGAUGGGCAGAGGAAAAGAAAGAGGACGAUUUUCAGCCGCGCGCAAUUGUCAGAAUUGGAGCGCGCGUUCAUGAUUACGCCGUAUCCAGACAUCACUCUGCGCGAGAGACUGGCUGCGCUCACACUGCUUCCAGAGAGCAAAAUUCAGGUGUGGUUCCAGAACAGACGGGCUCGCAGUAUGAAAAGCAAGAAGCUGACCACACCAGUAAGGAGGAGUCUAGGUGGGGAAAUGAGCUCUGGAUGUAUACCUGUCACGACCUUUCAAGCAACCAGUCUUGAUUUAAACCCAGAACUGAAUUCUGGCGUCCAAGAACAAAGAGUGGUCAACGGAGGUCACCAUCAGCAAAGCCUUAGACAAGCUCUGAGUCCCUGGUCUCAAAAUCUCCCGCACCCAACGCCACCCCAUCCCUCUAUCUCCCCAGAUCUGCCUGGAUUCCCACACUGGGGGAAUACACACUCAGAAACAACCUUCUCCAAUUGUCCAUCAGACAGAUUGGCUCAGUAUCCGUUCCAAAACCAGUCGAACGGUCUCUGGCAGAACCACUGCUUCACAGCUCACCCUGAAGGGUUCUCUGGACACCAGCUGAAACCAUACUGUCCCGCCAAUCAGGCCACGUAUCCCUCCAUGUCUGUGGACCAAGUGAUUCCCACACAUCAAACCAGUUUAGAGGGAGCACUUCAGAGACAGGCUUUGACACACUAUCCUCAGACCUCACUGGGAGAUAUUUCUGACCUCAUAUAUAAAGCGGCCGCAGUCACCAAUCUGGAAGACUGCUAAAGAGAAUAUUUGAUUUAUUGUUACAUGAUGGUGAACUUGUAUUUGUCUCAAAUGUGCUACUUAUGUUUACAGUGAUAUGUGCAAAUGGAACAUGCUUUCUCCUCAUCCUCCUUCUUUUUUGUUGUUGUUGUUGUUGUUGUUGCUAUUUAGCACAACUGCAAAUGUGAAGAGCGAGGACUGUCCAACAUCGAAAACGCUUUUAUUGUUGCGAUACAGUCAGCAAAAGAAGAGAAGAAAGCCUGCAUGCGUUAUAAAAUGCUUUGAGCUGACCAGCUGUUUCCCUGUAUUAAUUCAUACAAAUGUUUUACAAAUGUAAAUAAUGUUUUUAUUGUGUUUCUGUGGGUUGUGAUUGAAAAACGUCCCUCUGUAUUCUCUUUGUAAAUAUGCUCACAUUGUGUGUAUUAUUAUUUAUGUAAAUAAAUCGCUUGUA